AUCUGUUCUGGCCCGUGUCGGAGAGGUUGUGGGAAAAGUGACUUAGCUUAAGGCGAGAGGAAUGGCGUUCGUGUCAGCUCUCAGGGUAUCUCAGAGCGGGCGCCGGGGUUUUCUCCUGCGAGGGGCCUUCCGAGACCACCUGAACAGGAGCUGUCGGUCCGGGACAUCUAUGAGACAGAAGCAGCAGCAGCAGCAGCAACACGCGCUGGAAUUGACCUCUGAACAGGCAGUUGUGGUCCCAAGAAGAACACGGUUCUUAUCUGAUGCUGUCCCUUUUUCUGAUUUCCUGACUGAUAGCUUUGGACGCCAGCAUAACUACUUGAGAAUCUCUCUAACUGAGAAAUGCAACCUCAGAUGUCAGUAUUGUAUGCCAGAGGAAGGAGUUCAGCUAACUCCCAAAUCCGAAUUGUUGAGCACCCAGGAAAUCAUUACUCUUGCCCGGCUCUUUGUGAAGGAAGGCGUGGACAAGAUCCGUCUGACUGGAGGAGAGCCUCUUAUCCGGCCUGAUGUGGUGGACAUCAUAGCUCAAUUACGCAAAUUAGAAGGGUUGAAAACCAUCUCUGUCACAACGAAUGGGAUCAAUUUAGCCAGACUGUUACCCCGGCUAAAAGAGGCUGGCUUGGAUGCCAUUAAUAUCAGCUUGGACACUCUGAUUCCAGCUAAAUUCGAAUUCAUUGUCCGUCGAAAAGGAUUCCACAAGGUAAUGGAAGGAAUUCACAAAGCUCUUGAACUUGGCUAUAAUCCUGUUAAGGUGAAUUGUGUGAUUAUGAGAGGACUCAAUGAAGAUGAGCUGCUGGAUUUUGUUUCUUUUACAGAAAAGCAGCCCCUGGAUGUGCGCUUUAUAGAAUAUAUGCCUUUUGAUGGUAACAAGUGGGACUUCAAGAAAAUGGUGAGCUACAAGGAAAUGCUGGAUACAAUUAAACAGAAAUGGCCAGAUUUGAAAAAGUUACCCUGUGAAGAAGCUUCUAGCACUGCCAAGGCAUAUAAGGUACCAAAUUUUCAAGGGAAAGUUAGCUUCAUCACUUCCAUGUCUGAGCAUUUCUGUGGAUCCUGCAAUCGGCUAAGGAUCACAGCUGAUGGGAAUUUGAAGGUCUGCCUUUUUGGAAAUUCAGAAGUGUCCUUACGGGAUCACUUACGAUGUAAUGCCUCUGAAGAGGAGUUGAUCCAGAUUAUUGGGACAGCUGUUGGCAGAAAGAAGAAACAACAUGCAGGCAUGUUCAACAUUUCCCAAAUGAAGAACAGGCCAAUGGUCCUCAUUGAAGCAACAUCAAGGUCAUUUCCACUUCUCCAAGAUGCCCUGGAGGACCAAGCAAAUUUGAAAGAUUGGGGCCUCAGACAAGGGCAAUGCCUGACACUGAAAGAAAGUUUAUUCAAACAGAUGGGGAAAAAGUUUAAAACAAAUAUGUUUACAGGACACCAUGCCUUGCCAGGAUCUUACUCAGCACGACAGCUUGCAUCAAGGAUUUCACAAACUCAGCUCAGUAGCAAUUGCUUUCUUCAGAAGACUUUGAGCUGCAGCUUGAAUGACAAGUGCCUUUGGACAGGAAUUCCUCUCCCCAAACAGGCUUCCCAUGUGACUCGAGACAUUUGUUCCAGGAUGGUAAGCCAAGCAGAGAAGGGCUGGAGAUCUCUUUCAACUUCCAAAUGUCUUGGUGCCUCUGAUUGUUUAACCCACGUUGACCGAGAAGGCCAGGUAUCAAUGGUAGAUGUUGGAGGGAAGCCAGAUUCAGAAAGGAUUGCAGUGGCUUGUGCUGUGGUCCAUCUGGGUGCAAAGGCAUUUAACUUAUUACAACAGAACCAAAUUAAAAAAGGUGAUGUGCUUGCAGUGGCCCAGAUAGCGGGAAUCCAGGGAGCCAAGCUAACAAGCCAGCUCAUUCCACUGUGCCAUAAUGUUCCAUUGAACCUGGUUGAGGUUACUCUCAGUCUGGAUGCAGAAAAACAUACUGUUACCAUUCAGGCUCUGUGCCGCACCCGUGGAAAAACUGGGGUGGAGAUGGAAGCGUUGAUGGCUGCCAGUCUUUCUGCUUUAACAGUGUAUGAUAUGUGCAAAGCAGUGAGCCAUGACAUAAUCAUUGAAAAUGUAAAACUCCUCAGCAAGCAAGGAGGCCAGAGGGGUGACUUUAAGCGAGACUGAUUAAAACCUUUUAUUCAAGAGAUCAAUAUACCUUAUUCCUGGAAUACAAUUUUAACAGCAGUGUCUCCAGUACUAGUAACCAAAAUUCUGGCCAUUAACCUUACUAAAUCAUAAUCUGUUGUUUCUUUUGUUUUGGCUAAUAACGUAGGCCUAAGUCUACUGUUUACCUGAUUUCUUUCAUGUAGCAACUGAGCUUUUUGGCUUUAAGUUCUAAGCUCUCCCACUGCUCUGAUUUGCAGUCAUUCUAAGGAUACAUGUGUUUAGCCCUUUAUUUCUGAUUUUGUGCAAAGUUCUGCUCUUCCAUCUCCUUUUAAUUGCACUAAAAUAUUCAUCCAGCCGGAUUUCAACAUGAAUCUUCUGUUUGAGGAUAUUCAGAUCCAGAUGAAUUCCUAGAUGAAUUAUGAUUUUAAUAUUCUGUCGUAUCCAAACACUGGAAAAUACAAACUGUGAGUCACCUGGAUCACUCCCAACUAGACUAAAUAUGAUUUUGAAUAGUAGUUUAGUUUCAAUUUGUCUUUCAAAAUGGAAGGUAAAUAUUUGUUGGUUAGGAAUAGUUACAAACUAAUCUAUAUACAGUUAAAAAUACUGUAUAAAUUUCUCUUUAAUCUGGAUGAAAAAAAAUGGUAGUUCUAUAAAUAGUAUGCUCUUUUACCUGAGGUCAAAUACAACCCUGGUGCAACUCACAACCCUCAAUGAAAUUGAAUUUGACCCCCCUGGUCUAGGGUAAAUCUCUCUUCUUCAGAAGCCCAUGCCCAAAAGAAAAUAUGCUCUGGGUAUGUCUAAACCUGACUGGCAUGAGGGGAUGGAAAACCGAAUGUCAGAUUUGAUGCUUUCCUUUCAUAACACAAUAAAUAAAUAAGCAAACAAUCUUAAACCCCUAGAUGUUCAAGCCCAUUAACAUUGAAGUGGAUAUAAUUCUUUGUAAGUAAGGCACUGGGAUUGAAACAAAUAGGACAAAAUAUCCUACGUUUCUGGCCACAGAUGCAGUUUUGUUAUUAUUUUAAAAUUUUCUAAUCCAUUUUUCCCCUGCCUAGAAAACUUGCGGAUUCAAGACCCUUUAGACACCAACCAAAGUAUUUUAAUUCUGAACAUCAUUGCUUUAAAACUCAUCAAUAGCAUUUUAAAUGAAAGUAGUAUCUUUUCCUGCACUUCUACAGUAUUAGGAGAUUACAGCUUGAGGCUCAUUUUGCUAAUACUCCUCCUGCUGUAUAUGCUCCACAUGCAUCUACAUAGCAAAUGCUCUUUCAAGUAGGCAAAAAAAGAAAGGUUUUAUUCAAGGCAUUUAGAGUUUAUGCAGGGGACAAUCAGUAUUAUCCUUUCACAUAAUAAUGCUCAGAAGUCAAUUUCAAGGAGAGGUAAUUUUGAUUCUCUGAAUGAAAGACCAAGAGAUGAAUAAUAUAAUAAAAUAACAGUGGCACCAAGAGACAUUUCUGCACAAUCCCAUUAAAGGUUGGGAUUUCUCAGAUUAAAUGACCUUCAGCUUUACAUCUGAUUUUCAAACAGGUUUUUUCAUGAAACUUAUAAGGGACAGAUUGUGCUAUCUAGUAAUUUACUUAAAGUAUUAAAUCAAAAGCAAUUUUGAAACCAAUCAAGUGCAAAUCACAUAAGGUAAUGUUUGGAAUCCAACCAUUCUCAGCAAGAUGUGAUAAAACCUGGUCCAUGUAGAACAGACUGGAUAAAAAGUGCUUGUUCUAUAAUUUUUUGCACUUUAAUAAGUUCAAAAACGAUCAGAAAGAAGUGCCUACAUUUUGCUUAUUGUGCUUAAAGGAUAAUUGAAAAGUGACUCUUUUCCACAUUUAUUUUUAGUUAAUCAAAUAAUUAUCACAAUUUCCUGGAAUUGGGGAAAUAAAUUAUGAACGUAAAUAGCCCCAAGUGGCACUCGCCACUCUAGCCUGUUUUUCAUUGCUUCGACUGGAAUAGAAACAUUGGUUCUUGAUCUAGGAUAGAAAGUUGAUGGGAGAAUUCUUCCAUUGGCAGUGUGGCUGUCAUAUAAACCCAAGGGCAGACUGAGUUGUUUGCUUGAAAAAGAGAGGGUUCUUCCCAGUACACCAAAGGUACAUAGAAGGAAAACCAGAAUGUAACAACUUUUGCAUUAGCUUUAAAUAGUUCCAUAUAGAAGUAUAGUUAUUUUUUCCCAUUUUUUUCCUUAAUAAAUCUAAUCCAAGGUGAGCAGUUUUUACAUUCAUCCUUCACUGGCAAGGUUGAUUACCACUAGAGAGUUUGGACAGUACAAAUAACCCUUGAGUUACCACCAUCUUUCAUUGCAAGAAGGGAUGUGUUAUUCAGAGAAUGGCGUGAGCCGUCUCAAGAAGAGGCUGCCUUCAUAGGGCCAGGCCUUGUCAGCAGCAGGACAAAAGUAGCUAGGCUCAGGUGGGCCCAGCAGUACCUGCAAAGUGCAGGUAGAUGGAGGGCACUUGAGGC